AUGGGGCUCUCCGCUGGCGCCCACCAUCGUCGCCGAAGCUCCAUGCUUACCGGGACAGGGCGAGCCUCACAAUCGGUCUCGACCGAGCGUAGAGACGAAACGCACUGGUCGCAUGGAGAUACAGGGACUCACAAAUGCGAAGAACAAGAGCCUUUGACCGCUGCAGAUGACACCGAUGCGUCCGAUCAUUCGUCCGCUGUAGAGAGUAUGGCUCUGGACCCGAUGAGUUCAGAUGAUGACCAAUAUGACGAGGAGACCGGACUCACGACACAUCAAAAACGCCAGCGACGUCGACGGCGAAAGCAACGCCGCAAGUUGGAUCGUCGGAUCGCAGAUGGCAAGGGCCAGGGUAACAUUCGCGAGAUUCUGUCAGACCGCAACAUUGUCAAGAAGUUGUUGAUCAACGGCGGGCUGAUCUUAUUGUGGUACCUCUUCUCACUGUCCAUCUCAAUUUACAACAAAUGGAUGUUCUCCGAGAGCGAUGUCGUCUUCCCUUUCCCUCUUUUCACGACGAGCUUACACAUGGCUGUUCAGUUCACUCUUUCAUCCAUAAUACUUUGGAUAUUCCCAUCCCUUCGCCCGCAACAAUCGACAGGGUCUGUGACAUCCGCCUCCAUCGAAGGCCUCGAAAGACCACAACCUCUCAUAUCCAAAUUAUUCUACUUCACUCGCCUUGUUCCGUGUGGCACAGCAACUUCCCUAGACGUUGGCCUCGGAAAUAUGUCCUUGAAGUUCAUCUCCUUGACUUUCUUGACCAUGUGCAAGUCUUCUGCACUUGCCUUCGUCUUAUUAUUUGCUUUCCUUUUCCGCCUCGAAACGCCUUCGUUUAAAUUAAUCCUCAUCAUCGCCACAAUGACGGUGGGAGUUGUGAUGAUGGUUGCUGGCGAGACAGCUUUCAACGCGCUUGGUUUUUCCCUCGUCAUUGCAUCUGCGUUUUUUUCGGGCUUCCGGUGGGCGCUAACACAAAUUCUCUUGCUUCGCCAUCCUGCUACUUCAAACCCUUUCUCAACCCUCUUCCUCCUUACGCCUAUCAUGUUCAUUACUCUCAUUAUCAUUGCGCUAUCUAUUGAGGGUCCUAAUGAGAUCUACCAAGGAUAUCUCGCACUUGCCAGCAAACAUGGAGACCUAUUUGGCCUCUUUCUUCUGAUCUUCCCUGGAAUACUGGCGUUCUGCAUGAUUUCCUCGGAAUUUGCACUUCUGAAACGUUCCUCGGUCGUCACACUUAGCAUAUGUGGUAUCUUCAAGGAAGUAGUGACAAUCAGUGCAGCAGGCAUCAUUUUCCACGAUAAGCUCACAGCGGUCAACGUGACCGGGUUGGUCGUCACCAUCAGCAGUAUUGCGACGUACAACUACAUAAAAAUCUCAGGGAUGCGCAGUGAAGUACAAGAAGAUGAAUCAUCAAGUCGGGAGUCGAGUCCUGCAUCUGACACCGAGGAUGGUGAGCAUAGCAGUGGGGAGCCAGGAGAUUAUCGCCGAGUUGCCCAUCAAGACCCCAGCAUCAUCAGCCCCGCAUCGGGAAGUCACGUCAACGAUGAUCACCAUCUUCAGGUGUCAUCGUCAUCAUCUGGUGGCUCACAACGCUCAUUUCGAGUACGCGCUAGUGGUACUAGGCGCGGUCUCUCAAUCUCCACCUCCCCUAUCCCAGAAGAUGAUGGCAUUCCCUCUCCUUUAAAAUCAGCACCUCCCACUAUCACCACAAUGGCCGAGGCGGAGUUCUCUCACCUCAACCCGUCUGAUCGUGAGGCCUCGCCCGCUCUGCAAUCGAGCUCCUCUAUCUCGCCCAUUCAGAACCACAAUUUCACAUAG